GCGAGUGGUGGCCGCCGUUGCGGUGGUGGUAAUGGUGGCCGCUGCCCUCUCGGAUGGGGUCGCUGCCAAGCAGUUGCCCGGGGCAAGCCGGAUCGAUGUGCUGCGCCAAAGCUACCUCCAGCAGGAAGCGCUCUCCUGGAUGAUCGUCAACCAGAUGGACAAGGUAGCGAACCAGCUGCACGAGGACACGGCCCGCCAGCGGGCGGUCGUGCUGAGCGAGCUGUUCGAGAACUACCUGCGCUUCGCCGCCGACAGCCGGCUGGCACCGGAGGACCGGGGCGACUACCGGCUACUCGGCCGCCAGCCCGAGUGGGCCCAGCUCGAGCAGAACUUUCUCAACGUCAACAAGCUGUACGGCGUGGUGUACGCGUUUCUGUACGAGCAGCGCGACCAGCUGGCCAAGCGAGCGAACCAAACGGACGUCAGCAACGAGGUUAGCGGUGCCGUACACGACGACAUCAGCGAUCUGCACCUGCACAUCGUUGACCUCGCUGAGACGAUACUGUUCGACAAGCGCUUCCCGAUCGCGAAACAGCUCGAGCAGAUCUACAACAUCAUGGUCGUCCAGGCCGUCUACUACCGCGCGAGUCUGACUGCGAGCUCCGCCAUGUGCGGCUUUGGACUGUCGCCCCAGCAGAUGAUCUACAGCUUGUACGAGUCGGUCGCCCUCACCGAGCUCAAAGGCUACAUCAUGAUGCAGUUCUCCUACAUGCUGCUGAAAACCCAGGGCAAAGGAAACUUUACGGUGGAGUCGGAAGAGCGCAAGCUUGAGAUGAAGACGCGCCUGAACCGCACGCAGGAUCUGCUCCAGCGCGUGAUGCAGCAAACCCGGAGCGACUACUGGCGGUGCGACCCGGAGCAGGGUGCACACCGGGAGAACGAAACGUACGUGCAGGUGACGCGCCUGCUGCAGGGCUACAUCGAGAACGAGGUGGACAUGAACACGGACAAAACGUGCUGGGAGUCGUGCUCCCAUUACCAGUACGGGCACGAGCAGCACCAGUGCUACAAGGAGCUGUACUGCGCGAAGCAGCCCAAGUGUGCCGGUCGCAUCUACGAGUGCGAGUUCAUCGAUUCGGAUAUGACGAUCUGCCCGGCGGCGCCGGGAAGCCAGCGGCGCUACGAGUACAUCGAGUACGAGAACGGUGAGCUGCGGGGGCGGAAGCUGAGCUACUGUCCGUACGGCACGACGCAGGUGCAGUCGUGGUGGCGCUGGCUGUUCUGGCACUGCAGCUACUGCUUCUGCCUGUGCGACGACGCCGGACGCCACUCGGAUCGCUACGUCAGCCUGCGCCAGUCGGUCUCGGACAUUGCGAACAACAGAGUCGUCACCGGAUUGCGCUUCGUCAAGGCCAAACAGGUGAUCCAUCUGAUCGUGCAGCAGGGUCGGCUGAUGCCGGGCGGGGAGAUUCAGAACGACACGAUCGAGUGGGUCACGCCCGCACGGUUCAGUCCCCUGGAUCGUGGCAUCCGCAGCGAGAAAGACUACCACACGCUCACGUACGAAAAGCGUGCCAUCGAUCUCGACGACAUCCGCGUCAGCGCCGGGUACGUGCUGACGGGAGUGCGCUUCCGGCUGCUCGGUUCGCACCUCAACCUCGAAAUCCGCAUGACGGAGAUGAACUUCACCUCCGGCACGCUGAUCGACCUGGACAAAAGCAUCUGGAUCGGAAACGACGACACCGAGCGCACCGAGAUUGCGAUGAAGUACAAAGACAUUCCGACGCGCGCGACGGGCAAAUCGGUCCCGGUGUCGCGCACCGGCCAGUUUCUGCGCUUCGGCCCAACCGGUGGUCGGGCCGAUGCACACCAAACCACCAUCCCGUUCAUGGACGCGCAGCCCGUCUACACCAUUCGACCGGGCCCACUGUCCGGUGCCGGCCUGCUCUACAAGAGCGUGCCGAACUUCGGUGGGUAUAUCGCGCCGAAGCUGUUCAGCUACGAUUUCGGUCCGCACAUCCAGACGCCCGCCGACGACUGGUUCGCGGCCGAGCAGCUUAAGCGGUCCGAGCUGGAGGAACGGUCCAACUUCGGCUAGGUAGCCGGGCCGUACCCGACCGAACAACUGCCACCUUCUCAACGAAACGAAAAUCAUUACUGUAGAGAAACUGCAUAGGGUAGAAAAGGAAAAUAAUACCAUAAUGCCGGUAUGCAAACCGAAAAGUUACACUAGGUGGAAAACAAUUGUGGAAAAAGAACAGGAUUGGAUAAACAACAUAUAAUAGUACCAUAAUGGCGGUUUCCAAAAGGCACCCGAAAAGUAAAAUUAGUCGAAAAACAGGCAACAUAUGCUCAAAUCAGUAAUUGAAAAAAACACCCCCUCUCGUCAAGGCUCGUCGGUGAACUAUAAAAACAAAGGUUCACACUGGUUUGCGUGUAGUUUAUAGGGUUAGAGAACCAACUUACAAAACGAGACUUUCAACAACUUGCGCCUUUGUUCGCACAGCAAAACAUACAGUGCAGCGACUGGUCAGAUAAAUUAAAUCAUGUUGAUUGCAAGAUGCGAAGUGAGCAAUUUACAUUGAAUAAAUCACGUGACGUGAGGGGUAUCGAACCGAAUGCAUAGAUCAAAGCCGAUAGUCGAUUAUGCACGCAACUCGCGUGAGUAAGCUAGCUUUCCUAAACAUUAUUACCAUAUGCAAAACGAGGGUGUUGACAGCAAAUCAUUGCGAAUAAACAACUAUCCUACAUACA